AUGAGGCAGAUGCAGGAUGCGGUGUCCCGCAUGGAGAACACCCAGGGAUCGACACUCGAGAAGCUUGGACUGGCGCUGAAGGUGGAACUUGGACGGAUGGUUCAGGAACAGCUUUCUGAAGCUCGACCGAUGGAAGUCAGACUCGCCGCGAGGCGAAGCCUCUGGAAGCACUUGCGUGCGGAGGCUGCCCGUCUGGAACGUGAGCGGUCCGAAGCACUGCAUGGACACUACCAGGCCCAUUUGGAGGCGCGCCAAGCCGAAGAGGCCGAGCGCGCGGCCGCCAUGAUGGCUGCCGUCCAGUCGGACUUGCACGACUUGCGGAUGGAUCGAGACCAAGAGCGACUGACGUCCAAGAAUCUUCAGAAGUAUCUCGUGGGACAGUUGCACAACCUUCAGACGACAUCGGUCCAAGAUCAAAGAUCUGCGGAAAAAAUCCAGUCCGAUCUGGCAACUCAAGGACACAGACAGUCCAAUCGAGCAACUUCAGACCGGAAAUCUAGUCGAGAAUCCAGUGGCGUAAUCAACGAGCGUACAAGCGCGGGGCGUAUGGGACUGGACAUGAAGAACACCGACGAAUUCCUGGCGUCCGAACUGCAAGAGACCUUGAACGCGGCUAAAGUGGUAGUCGCCUCGAAGGUGAAGGCAGAUCCCGUGCUCGAGUCGAAGUCCCCUGCGCCGACCCGAUGGGCGUCAAGCAGAGUGCCUGGAUGGUCAUCGUCUGGAACGUCCAAGUCGCCCGAGCCGCGCAGGCGUGAGUCGUCGCACAAGAGGAAGUCGGGCAAGUCUCGCCGUCAUGGUGAUCCGUCGGACUCCGACCCGAGCUCGGACUCUAGCUCUGAAUCGGACUCAAGCAACAGUUCGGACAGCAGCUCGCUUGGGGACACGACGCCUGGAGUGACUAUGAAGACUGUGGAAGGAGGCACUACAGUGUACACGUUCAAGCCGUUUGUGAAUUCGAACACGCUGGAGGACUUUGAUCCGAAGACCUUGUUGGCGACCAGGAUUCGGUGGCUGGAGCGGUUCCAAAGUAUGGCUACCCAGGGCGGAUGGACAGAUCAAGUGAAGGUGUACGAGAUGAAACUCAAGAUGCCUGCACCUGUUCGGAACUGGAGAGCAAACUUGGAGCUGAAGGUGCGUCGGGACAGGAAACGUUUUCUGAAGGCAUUCCGCGAGAAGUACUGCAAGGCCAAGACUUCAGACUCGGAGCGGUAUUACACGAUGAUUCAGAAGAAAUCCGAGACGCCUCUCGAGUUCUACUACCGGUUGAACAAGGUCGCUGAGAAGGCUGGCCUGGACUUCAAGUCGUCCAGCAAGGCUCGAAAACGCCAUCUGAAGGUGUUUAUGAAGAAGCUUUUGGGCACCAGACUGAGAUCGACUCUCCAAGGCCAGCGGAUUCGAAGCCUGAAGGACGUGGAGUAUGUGCUGAAGCAACACGAGGACAUGGCUCAGGACGACGACUACGACACUCCUCCCGUGAUGCGAGAUUUUCGAGCCGACAAUGUUUCGCAUGGGCGUUUCCACCCGAAGCGGAGUGGAAGAGCAUUCGUCGUUCAGAGCGAAGACGAGUCGAAGACAUUCCGACCAAGCCAGGGACGCGAGCGACUGCUGCCUCAACUGGAAGUGUGUCCACUGGAAGCUCGAUGUCUGGAAGCUCAUCCGCUGGGAGUGCUACAACCGGAGCAGGGAUCGAACCGGAUGGAGCCUGGAAGCAAGGGUUUUCCGAUGCAGUGUUUCGAGUGA